AUGGCAAAACAGAGCGUCAAGGGGCCUCGUCUUAAUCCAAAGACGGCAGAUCAUAGGCCGAAACGGUUGAAGAGAACUCAGCCUGAGCCAUCGCAAUAUUUGGAAAGAGCUGAACAAAUUGCAGAUAAGCUAUCUCUAAAAUAUCCAAAUUUCGUCAAAGUGAUGCUUCCAUCACAUGUUUCUGGAGGUUUCUGGCUGGGUCUACCGGCAGCUUUCUUCCGUAAACAUACGGGUUCCCGUGACCAAGAUAUAACCUUGGAAGAUGAAGACGGGGGCGAAUUCAAAACAUUAUAUCUCGGUCACAAGCUGCCGGGUUUGAGUGGUGGAUGGAGAGGCUUCACCAUACACCAUAGUUUGGUUCCGGGAGAUGUUUUAGUCUUCCACAAGAUCAAGGCUCGUGGAUUUAAGUACUAUGAGCUUUGCCGGAGCCAAAGCUCAUACUUGCAUAAAAAUGUUGAGGAUUCUCGACUUAACAGCCAACUGGUUGUUGGACUGAUCUCGGAGACGGUUAAUGUUGCAGAAGCCAUUACAUUCUGCAAGAUCAGUACAAAGGAUUCCGAGUCUUCGACGUGGGAAAAGACCUUGGAAGCGUCUGAGACGUUAGGCAUGAACGUUGGUUUUAUGCGCAGCCGAGUAAAGAGGCUUCGAGGUCUUGCGGACGAACAAAGAGGCGAGAGCGAGAAGAAGCAGAGAUGA